CUUUCUCUGAGACACCAUUCGCCGUUCCUCCGUGUGGGAAUGGGAUUACUGUCUCGAUCAUCCAAGAUGUAAAAUCUUCCAGCGGCUCACGCGUGUUCAGCGACGGCAUUGGAAAACUGUCAUGGGAUGUUGCAGAAGCCAUUUGAAAUUACCUACCUCCAAAGAAAGCCUCACCUACCUGCUUCCAAAUUAAAAUGGGCGGUGCAAAAGGCAUGUUUGCUGUCGACAGUAGAUUAUCUGAUACUGUUCUUCAGGUUCGACCGUCAAUGGUCAAGCUCGAAACUGACGACAUGAGAGACUCGGAGAUCUGUGACGUGGUGUCGAAACCCAUACCGUUGGUUCUGAACCAGCAAAUUAUCAAGACUCUGGAGGAUAUCAGGGUCUCGGAUAAUUGGCUCUUUAAUCUGCAGAACGGUCGUGGAAGCUGUUCUACAGGAACUGCGUGUUUUGAAGCGCAGAGCGCGCAUCCCGGUGGGGAAAAGGUCCGGGGCGACUUCUCGUGA